UUGCGUACGUAGCAUGCAUGCAUCUGAAGAAGGAAAGUCCUUCCGCCGCCUACCCACGCACACACGACACAUGCAUGCCUGUAGAUCGAAUGCAUGGCCAUGGCCACCCUCACCCUAGCCUGCCACCGCUAAACUAACUGAACAAGACACACCAGCUCCCGUCCAGCGGAGGGAGAGGGAGCGAGCGAUGGCUGAGCUCGCGUCGGGCGCCGUGAGCUCCCUGCUGGGAGUCAUCCGGAACGAGACGCGGCUGCUGGGUGGCGUCCGGAGCGACGUGCAGUUCAUCAAGGAGGAGAUGGAGAGCAUGAACAGCUUCCUGCUGCACCUGGCCCGGACGGUGCCUCCCCGGGGCGAGCACGACGAGCAGGUCCGCACGUGGAUGAACCAGGUCCGGCUGCUCGCCCAGGACUGCAACAACUGCAUCGACCUCUACCUGUACCGCGGCAACCCCGAGAUCCACCUCGCCAAGGACGGCCUCCGGCGCUACCUCCUGUGGGUUCCAUGGUUCCUGCAGAAGAUGGUCGCGCAGCACCGCGCGGCCAUCCAGCUGCGCGAGCUCAAGGAGCGGGCGCGCGACGUCGGCGAGCGGCGGUUGAGGUACGGCGUGGAGGUCCCGGCGAAGGCAUCAGCAGGGCAGUCGUCUCCUGGGACUGGGCUCACGGCGGCGGCGACACCCUUGUCGUCGGUGCAAGCGGCGGCGGCACCUGCUGCAGCAGGCGGCGAAGCUGCCGCAGACUAUGAAGACGAAGACGAUGACCAUCAACUGGUGGUGGCAACGGCGAACCAUCAUUCUGGUCCACGAGGAGCCCUUUUUGGGCUUCGCGUUCUGGAGGACUACGUCAACGAGAAGCUAGCCUACUUGAUAGCCAACACCGGAUCAGUAAUGCAAUCCAUCGCCAUUAUGGCGCCGGAUGCAGAGGAUGCCCGUGCUCUUGCACGUGAAGCUUUGGCUGUGGCGAAGACCCAUUUCCGACGCAGUGUCUUGGUCGACAUCCCGGCAGUGCAUUUUUCUUUCUUACCGCUAAAGCCCGAGGACAUUCUCUACUACAUCCUGCGGGAGCUCGAGCGUGCCAAAUCGGGUCAAGGCGAGGAAGAGAAGCUGCAAAGCAAUGAUUGGCAAGCAAAACAGGAAAUUCGCUGGAAGAGAUGGGUUCUGAUUGAUGAAAUCCUGGAAAAUAUCGAAGAAAUGAAAGUUGACGACAAGAUUGAAACGAUCAAGAGCGCGAUUCCAAAAGUUAAGGUCGUCCAGCUGAAGCAGGACGUGGAAAAAAUGAAGGAUCUCAAGCUGGGCAAGAAAACCUUAGGCGAACUCCUCGUGCUGCUAAUGCUCAAGUCACCUGAUGCUGCUGCUGCUGCGGCGGCUAAACAAGAAGCAUUGUACGACAUCAUCCAGGAAACAGCCAAUAAGCUUCAAGAGACUAUGGAAGAAGAAGAAGCAGGCGCAAAGCAGCAGGCGCCAAGGCAAGAAGAAGGAGAAGAAGCAGGCGCAAAGCAGCAGGCGCCAAGGCAAGAAGAAGGAGAAGAAGCAGGCGCAAAGAAGGAGGCGGCCCCGAUUCGUCUCCAUGAUGCCCAAUAUGAACACAUCCUGCGGGAGGUGUUCCAGACGACCAGCAACAGCAAGCCCCUGCAGGACCAGGAGCAAGACACCAAGCGAGCCACAGAGACCACCGCCACCACUAGCACAACUAGAUUGGGCGAUGAUCAAAUCAAAGAAAUUAUCGACAAGGUUAAGCUAGAAAUCCUGCGGGAGGUGCUCCCGACGACCAGCAACAGCAAGCCCCUGCAGACCCAGGAGGAAGACACCCCAACGGGAUUCCUGGAUGAGGUUCCAAGAAAUCCUAUUAUUGAAGAAACCAUCAAGAAGAUCAAAAAAAUCCGGAAGAAGAUCAAAGAACAGCUCGUGAUCAAAGGGAUCCUGGACAAGAUUAAUAAAGAUCAUUUGAAUCAAGGAAGGACACUGAUCAUCCUCAAAACCGAUGAGGACUAUGCAAUGGAAUGGGAGAAGACCAGAAAUGUUUUGAGCCUGUUGUGCGGCGUCGCCGGUGCAGCGAUCGUGACCGCCUCACAGAACACUCAACAGGCCAAAGAAUACUGCUAUCCAUCGCGGGAGCCUUUGGACUGUUCUCUUGUUGGCUUCUACCAUGAUAUUGUGCUCCAGCUUACGGGCAACCAGAUGCAUGAAGACAAUUCCCAGAUUUAUCACGCCAUCUUGGACGACUGUAAGCCACAUGAAUUCUGCAUGAAAAUCUUCGCUCAUGCUUUGUACGCCAACCGCAAGAUGAGCAAAGAAGAGCUGCGCAAGCUGCACAGCACCCUGAAGGAGGUUUCCCUAAAAUCAUUGGGCAGCAUUGCUAAGAAGAUGUUCAAGUUCUCCUACAACAACCUUCCUAAAGAAUACAAGUCAUGCUUGUUGUACCUAGCUAUCUUCCGUCCAGGACAUAAAAUCAGGCGGUCAACCUUGAUAGGACGAUGGAUUGUAGAAGGGCUGAUAACUACGGAUGACUGGCGCUGGUCCAGUUCAGUGCGUAAAGCCGAGCGAUGUUUUGACGCACUCAUCAACCGAUGGCUUGUUUAUCCUGCUGAUAUUGGUGCUACAGGAAAGGCCAAAAGCUGCAUAGUGGGUGAUCUAGUUCAUGAAUUCAUUACCAAGAUCGCCAAGAAACAGCGCACUGUGGAGACACGCUUGUCAGAUCACUUGGCUCACCACUUCUCCAUUUUCAACGAUCUCCAUCUUCGCGCCUCUGAUACAAUCCAUACUUUCUUUACACAUAUACUUAGAUCAUCUCAUUCUCAAGUGUCCCAGCUCAAGGUUCUAGAUCUAGAAGGCUGUUGUUUCUUCGAGAAGAACCGGCACUCCUUGAAGCACAUCUGCAGCAAGAUAUUACUACUCAAGUAUCUAAGCCUAAGGGGAACAGAUGUUACCCAGCUGCCCAGGGAAAUCAACAACCUCCGUGAGCUGGAGGUAUUGGAUAUCCGGCAGACCAAGGUGCCUGCGUUUGCAACAAGAAAUGUCAUGCUCCUGAAGCUAAAGCGUCUGCUAGCUGGUCACAUUGAUCCGGCCAUCGGGGAUGAGGAAUUCUCUGGUGUCUGUAUUCCUGAAAAGAUCGAGAAAAUGGUAAACAUGGAGGUACUGUCCAAUGUCAAGGCACCGACUAGUCAAGAUUUGAAAGACAUUACAAAUUUAUGGCAGCUUAGGAAGCUCGGUGUGGUUAUUCAUGACAAGAAGAGUCACUUCUCAAAUUUGUUUCAAACAAUCAGUGACCUGCAUCAGUGCCUCAUGUCUCUAUCAAUCACUAUUUCCACAACCAAAUUCAAGGGUGCUUCUUCCAGCAGAAAGUCCCAAGGUGAUAUGCACUUUGCCUUGAAACGCUCUCCCAAGCUGCUUGAGAGCCUAAGCAUCAGUGGAACCACAAAAAAAGUGGCACUUCUUCCAUUGUUGGCCAAAGACGAUGGUGGUAAUCAACUUAACAAGGUAACUCUGACUCGCACCAUGCUGAACCAGGCCGAUCUGCAGGUCCUCGCCAAGCUUCCCAAGUUAUGCUGUGUCAGGCUCCAACACAUUGAAUGCACCGAGAGAAACCUCACCUUCAAGAAGGAUGAAUUCCCAAAUCUCAAAUACUUUCUUGUUGAGGGAUCCAACUUGACUGAAAUCGCUUUUGAAAUUAAAGCAGCUCCUGAGCUUGAAAAGAUUGUUUUGUCCUUGACAGACAACCUGGAGUCUCUUUCUGGAGUCAAAAGCCUUCCAAAACUGGAGGAGCUCGAGUUGAAGAACAACAGCAGGUUGCUUUCAUUUUUUGAUAAGGCCAAACAAAUAACCAAGGUGACUCUUUGGGAUACCUUUCUGUGGCAAGGUGAGCUACAAAUCCUCGCCAAGAAACCAAACAUGCGCUGCCUAGAACUCUUGGACAAUUCUUACGUCGAAAGCAAGCUUACCUUCAAAGAAGGCGAGUUUCCAAAGCUCAACCUUCUUAUUGUUGACUGUUCUGCCAUUACCAACAUCAGCUUCACUGAUGGAUCUGCUCCUAUGCUCAAGAAGAUCGCCUGGUCAUUCACCAACAUGGACAUGGAGUCUCUCUCUGGCAUCCACAACCUUCCGAGAUUGAAGGAGCUCGAGCUCAUAGGUGACCGUGUCCCUAAUGAGGUGACAGAAGAGAUUAAAAAGCUUAAAGAUAGAUAUCAUUUUAAACCCAAAGAACCAGAAAAUCAAGACCAAGCAAUAGGAAAUGCACAUGACGCAAGAUUCCCCUUAUUCUGUUGGAAGAAGAACAAGGUUUGACACUUGAGGAGCAUCUCCUUUCAUUCAUUCAUCAUCGAGUCCCAUGGCGUGGUUUAAUUUGUGUGUGCUUGUGUGGUUUGCCAUUGUGUGUUUCUGUCUACUGUGCAUGCGUUUAUAUUCUGCAUGUGUAUCUACUGAGUGUGUCGAUCUAGUUACUUGUGUUCUACAUGUGUGCCUUGUGAUGGUGGUUGAGCAUAAUGGUUGUGUCUAUGCUCACAGAUUUCGCAGCAUCGUGUUAGCAAAAGAUUAUAACUUAUCUAUAGCUAAACACAGGAGGGAAACAUGAAAGAAAUGAAUCGUUCCUCAAAAAAAGAAGAUAGAUGGACCAGGCUUAUGAACAGUGAAACACAUGAGGGAAAAAACCAUAAGAGGGAAACAACCAAAGCAUAGGUGCAUUGUCCUGUUUCCUCGACAGUGGUCAAGCAAUGGAGCAAAUGUCAACCCCGUGC